UUACCUCACAAACACCACUAGUCUAAGCAAAACCAAUUCACCAAAUGAGAUCCCAGUCUCUUGUUCACAUUUUUCUCAUUUCUUUCCCUGGACAGGGCAAUAUCAACCCUCUCCUCAGGCUCGGCAAACGUCUCGCCUCUAAUGGUUUGCUAGUCACCUUUACUGCGCCCGAACAAACUGGAAAACAACUAAGAAAAGUUGGCAACAACAUCAGUGAUGAGUCUACCCCAAUUGGUGAUGGUUUUAUCCGUUUUGAAUUCUUUGAGGACGGAUGGGAAGACGAGGAUCCCAGACGUGACGACCCUGACCAAUACUUGCCACAGCUGGAGAAGGUAGGAAAACAAGUGAUUCCUCAAUUGAUAGCCAAAAAUGCCCAACACAACCGUCCCGUUUCCUGCCUCAUUAACAACAUAUUCAUUCCUUGGGUGUUUGAUGUUGCGCACGUACUUGGCUUGCCCUGUGCGUUGCUCUGGGUUCAAUCCUGUGCCUCUUUCGCUGCUUACUACCAUUACUAUCAUGGCUUGAUACCUUUUCCAACUCAAACUCAUCCAAAAAUUGACGUUCAAUUGCCCUGUAUGCCAUUGUUGAAGCACGAUCAAAUUCCCACCUUGUUGCUUUCGGAAUCGCGUUAUCCUUCCAUGAGGAGGGCAAUUUUGGAUCAGUACAAGAACCUCCGUAAGCCUUUCUGCAUAUUGUUGGACACUUUCCAAGAACUCGAGUUCGAAAUCAUUGACUACAUGUCAAAGCUCUGCCCGAUCAAGACUGUUGGUCCACUCUACAAGGACCAGAACAUCACCAUCCGAGGCGAUGUUAUGAAGGCUGAUUUAGACUGCAUUGAAUGGCUGGACUCGAAACCUCCUUCAUCAGUGGUAUACAUUUCAUUUGGCAGUAUUAUUGUUUUGAAACAAGAACAAGUUGAUGAGAUUGCCCAUGGGCUGUUGAAUUCCGGUUUGUCAUUCCUAUGGGUCAUAAGAUCACCCCACAAUCAUCUUCCUGAAGGAUUCUGGGAGAAAGUAGGGGAUAAUGGGAAAGUGGUGCAAUGGAGUCCACAAGAGAAUGUUCUGGCUCACCCUUCGAUAGCCUGCUUCGUGACGCACUGUGGCUGGAACUCCACGAUGGAGUCACUCUCUUCCGGAAUACCGGUCAUCGCAUUCCCACAAUUUGGUGAUCAGGUGAUGAAUGCCGUAUACUUAAUAGAUGUGUUCAAGACAGGAGUGAGGAUGAGCCGUGGAAUGGCUGAAAACAGAACAAUUCCAAGGGAAGAAGUAGAGAAGUGCUUGAGUGAGGCCACAUCUGGCGCCAAGGCAGCAAAUAUUAAGCAGAACGCCUUGAAAUGGAAGGCAGCAGCCCAAGCAGCCCUGGCGGAGGAUGGUUCUACUAGGAGGAACUUGCAAACCUUUGUGGAUGAGGUGAGGAGGAGGACUGCAGAACUUGUUGAUGGUUUGGUCAACAAGUCAACAGCGAAUUGGAAGGAAUAGUUUGGCGGAAUGGUGAUUGCAAAGAUGGUUUAUUAGUAUUAGAAAAAUGUGAAAAUCAAGCAACAGUUCUGUUUGGAUUAGUUCGUCAAAUUGUUCUACCCACAAUUCUAACAGGAUUAGUUCGUCCUGUUGUGUCGUGUGUUGCCAAAUCUUAUUGUAAGUGUUGUGUCAUGUGUUGCAAAAUUUUAUUUAAUUUAUUGAGUAACCAUAAGAAUAUUUCAUAAGUGAUUGGGCUUGGAUGAGGGUGUCUUAAGAGAUUUGGCAGAUGGACAAUACCUUGGAGUGUGGAGUGAUGAAGAAGAAGAAGGGGAUGUAGGGAUCAAGUAGCAAAUGGUGGUGGGUUUUAUUGGUGAGGUCAAGGUUGCAGAUUCUCCUCCUCCUCAUCAUCUUCUUCUAUGAUUUGGGUUUUGGGUUCUAGGUUCUUCAUCUUCCAAGAACCUAGAUCUAGAUUCUCAAAAAUUUAUUGGAUUUUGCAAGAGUGGAAACUCAUUAAAUUACUUCUCGAUGA